UCGUGGCUCACAUCAGCGUGUAUAUAGGCGUGAGGAGGAGUAAAACCAAUUAUUACCUACUUCUUAUCUGGUGAACGUGGCUUGCUCUUUCGUGUUUGGACCGAGUUAAUAAAAAGGAUUUGUUUGAACCGGAAAAAAAGAUUGUCGAUUGCUAUAAUAAUAACGCGCUUUGUGAUUCGAACCUGGGUUCCUGUAUUUUGCUCGUCAAAUAAUUGUCGCUUCUACUGGAGAUUGCAGCGGAAACCUAGGUCUGCGAUACGAUCCGCCGGACUUUUACCGCUGGCGAACAAGAAAACAGGAAUGAAAUUUAAAAAUCGGAUUGGAAAAUAUGAGCUAGGAAGGACUCUUGGAGAGGGGAAAUUCGCAAAGGUUAAACUCGCCAUUGACGUGGAAACAGGACAGAGCUAUGCCGUGAAAAUCUUGGACAAGGAGAAGGUUUUCCGGUGCAAAAUCGUGAAUCAUAUUAAAAGGGAAAUAUGUACGCUGAAGCUCAUUAAACAUCCUAAUGUCGUGAGAUUAUACGAGAUUUUGGCGAGCAAGAAGAAGAUAUAUAUUGUUCUCGAGUUUGUUACCGGGGGAGACUUGCUUGACAAAAUCAUUGAGGCGAGUAACGGAGAACUCCAUGAAAACGUAGCGAGAAAGUAUUUCCAGCAGCUAAUUGACGCCGUCGGAUAUUGCCACAGCAGGGGUGUCUACCACAGGGAUUUGAAGCCGGAAAAUGUGCUUCUGGAUGCCAAUGGAAACGUGAAAGUUUCUGAUUUUGGUCUCAGUGCGUUGCCGCAGCAAUUUAGGGCAGACGGGCUGCUACAUACAACUUGUGGAAGCCCUAACUAUAUAGCCCCGGAGGUUAUUGCGAACAGAGGCUACGACGGGGCUACAGCCGAUCUAUGGUCUUGUGGCGUAAUUCUCUUUGUUCUCCUCACUGGUUGGUUGCCGUUUGAGGAUAGAAAUAUUGUAGUUCUUUAUCAGAAGAUUUUCAAAGGCGAUUUUAAAUGCCCCAAUUGGCUUUCAUCCGGCGCUCGGAAAUUGAUCAAAAGAAUACUCGAUCCCAAUCUCAAAACGAGAAUAACUAUACCGGAAAUAAUUGAGAACGCGUGGUUCAAGCAAGGAUACUCUCCUGCAGAACUUAUGGAGGAGGACACCAAUUUGAUUGAUAUCAAUGCCGCAUUCACAAAUGUGGAGGAACAUCUGCUGACGGAGGGAACAGGGCCAGUUCCCAUGAACGCAUUUCAGUUGAUAGCUAUGUCCGUCAGCCUUGAUCUUUCGGGGUUAUUCGAGGAAGAGGAUGCUGCGCAAAGGAAAACCAGUAUUUUGUCCAUGUUUCCCGCCAAAGAGAUUAUUGAAAGAACAGAGGAGACGACCAGGAACAUGGGAUUCGAAGUGCAGAAGAAAAAAGGCAAGCUUAUGUUAAGACAAAGGGAUCCUAAGUCGAGGGAAAAUGGACACCUGUCGGUUGCCGUGGAGGUUUUCGAGGUAACCCCUUGUUUGCAUGUUGUUGAGCUGCGAAAAUGUUGCGGAGAUAGAGACCUUUACAAGGAGCUGUGCAGAGAACUCUCUAGUAAUCUUAGCUCAGAUGAUCUUUCUUCACCUAAAGUGAAGUUUGACGAUGAUAACACUGUCUGGAGAACAGAAGGGGCACUUCCUGUGGUUAAUAAUUGUUAAUCUCGCGGUUGCUUUCAUCCACAUCAUUGUACAAAAAAUUCACAUAAAACUUCAUUCAUUGUACAUUUAUUUUUAGGAAAAUUGGUUUAUUCAAUCAAAUUAAAAAUUACAGUCAAAUGGGCAACCUUUAUGCAUACGCUGCUGGUGGUUAAAGUCUUUGCUCGUACACACAAUUUACGUUAGCGACAACUACAAGGAAAUGGAAAGGAGGAUUUGUUUGCACGUGACGGACAGAGAGGUAAUCCUAUAAGAACUAUUGCAGAAUGAGAUUGCCAGCUAAAAUACGGCAUUGUUUGCUUGUUCAGCGAGAAUUUAUAAUAAUACCACUUAGUGGCGUAUGUAAUGUAAAUAAGUUUAGAAAUGUCAGUCUUGUCAAAUAGGAGAUUUGGUGGGGGUGAGCGAACAUUCGCCAUCGAAAAUGAAAUUGGUAGAAGAUUGUUCUUAGAUCACAAGUUUUUCAAGCACGAGAAAAUGCAAGGCAGAUAUUAUAAUUUAAUUAAUCUUUGAGGCAUAUUAUUAUAUUUGUAUUUGUAUAUAUUUUCUACGUGAAGUUGGAUAUAUGUAUACCUCAA